UAUUGAGUAUUUGUUCAUGGUCCGUGCUAUUCCCCUGUGCUCUUUAUGAACCACCCUAUUGCAGCUCGGUAUUUUCUUGCUCUGGAUAGCGUUUGAAGUUUAAAAGUUCGAAAUUUUCUAACCACGCAUUUGUUUACCCAUUACACUUUGUUUGCUUAUAUAGGCUAAAAGUUUGGGCUGCUCUUUCGUUUUGUGUUGCAGUUCUGUAGCCUAUUUAACAUCGAUAUUCCCAUCAGCUGCUACAGGCUAUUCAGAAGUUGUGGUUACUGUUGCCUGCGUUUCUCCGGCCCAUUGUGAGAGGAGCCCCCUCGGUCCCUCUCUUCUCUCGCUCUGAGCUCAGCCGGUCAGGCCGGUGGACUGCAGAUGACUCACGCCCCAGAGCGGCACAUCAGCGUGCUGCACAUCAGCGAGCUGCAUGGAAGCUCGAUAAUAUCGGGGGAAUACCGCGACCAGAGACCCGACUGUCAGACUAGCCUCCUGCCUUUCCUGGGGCGCACAUUCAUCACUCGGGCGGAUAGAUAUGUUUGUUGUAAUGUGCACGUGUGCUUUUGGCGAAGACAUGGUUGCGCAGAUGGAGGAGAUUGGCGGAUUAGAGCGAGUGGAAGAUGGUCUCCGGCGAGCUGUGCCUGGCAGCGGACAACGACUUUUUGGCAAAUAAUAUGAAGGAGAUGAUUGGAGGUUGCUGCGUGUGCUCAGACGAGAGAGGCUGGGCAGAAAACCCUCUCGUCUACUGUGACGGUCACGGCUGCAAUGUUGCAGUCCAUCAAGCGUGCUAUGGCAUCGUGCAGGUGCCUACUGGACCCUGGUUCUGCAGGAAGUGUGAAUCUCAGGAGAGAGCAGCCAGAGUGAGGUGUGAGCUUUGCCCCCACAAAGACGGAGCCCUCAAGAGGACCGAUAACGGAGGUUGGGCCCAUGUGGUGUGUGCCCUCUACAUCCCAGAAGUGGAGUUUGCUAAUGUCUCCACCAUGGAACCCAUCGUUCUGCAGUCUGUACCCCACGAUCGCUACAACAAGAAGUGUUAUAUCUGUGAGGACCAGGGCAGAGAGAGUAAAGCUGCCACCGGAGCCUGCAUGACCUGUAACAAACAUGGCUGCCGACAAGCCUUCCAUGUCACAUGUGCCCAGUUUGCUGGGUUGUUGUGUGAGGAGCAGGGGUCGGACGCAGACAACGUCAAGUACUGUGGCUACUGCAAGUACCACUACAGCAAACUGCGAAGGAGCAGGGCCCGAGGUAGUAGGGCUCAGAGCCUUAGUGACUCUUCCUCUCAGUGUUCGGAUAAACUCCUUGACCACCAAGACAAGAAACACAAAGAGAGGGAGAGACACAAACCCAAACACAAGAAGACUCUAGAGCUCUCCCCUUCCCUCGCUUCAACUCUCAUGCUUGCCUCAGACAAGAGUUACAACAGCAGCAGUGGUGGGGGAGUCUCCUCUAUGCCCGCCUCCUCUCAAAAGCGAUUGGAUGACAGCGCUGCCCGUUUCACCACCGCCAACUUCCAGGAAGUGCCAGUGCACUCCGGGGGUUUAAAGGACAGCCCCCCCACAGGGUCAGAAGGCAAACCGGGGUCGGAGGUCAAACAGGGCAAGAAGUGCAUUAGCCAAGGGAUUGGUGUUCAGCGCGGACGCAAGUCCCUCACACCUGGGAAGCCCCUCCCCUCUGCUGUGGUCACUACGGCAACCUCCUCCACUGCCGCCUCCUCCACUGGAACCUUUCAUCAAGCUCUCCUGCUGUCCAAUAAGACGUCUUCCACCUUGACUCCUCCCACAUCUGACUUCCUGGGCUUCUCUGAUCCGUCGCUACGCUCCGGAGGUGGGGACUCCUUUUCUUCGCCCUCGUUUAGCCGUUGCCUAGUGAAGCCCAGUGAGGUCACGGCCUCGGAGGGCAUGGCUUCGCUCAGCACCUUCGGAUCAAUGAUGUCACUUCCUGGUGGCGUAGCUGGCGGUAAACUGUACGAGAACUCUCACAGCGAGCCGACGGGGAACGUUGCUUCCACAGCCGGCUACAAACGCCCCUCAUCAUCCUCCUCUUCCUCUGCUGGCUCCUCCUCUGGGCCAAGUAUGGGGGAAGGAGGAGAAGAAGGGGUGAAGAAGAAGAGAGGAAACUGGAGGAACCGAUACGGACCCUGCUUCAGUGUUCCGGACGGCAAGGCUACAGAUGGACCUGAGCACCACACAGCACCGCUACCUCUCCCCUCCUCUUCUCUCUGCUCCACCUCAUCCGCCUCGCCGUCCCCCUCCUCUACCAGCGCUCUGCCAGGCCGGUCCGGUGGAGGAGAGAGAGUAGGAGAGAGAGGAGGUCUGCUGGGUGUUGGUGUUAGUGUUGGGAUCCAGAAGUCUCCUUCCCUACUGAGGAACGGCAGUCUGCCAUGUCACGGAGUCACCUCUACUCCCUCUGGCACCGGUGCGUUCUCCAGUUGUGACGUGUCGUCAGGGGUGGGACCUGCUCCCAUGAGUGGAGCUAACUCUGAGUUGCAACAGCCGAUGGCCUCCCUAGCUCCUCCCAGUCCCUUCACUACCACAGCCCCCAUGAUCAACACGGUCUCCCCCCAUGUGAGUGGGUUACCAGGUCCAGUGUUCAACAUGGCUCCCUCCCACAUGUUUGGAAACCGACUCAACCCUAACUCCGCCAUGGCUGCCCUCAUCGCACAGUCUCAAGCUUCCCCCGCAGAUCAGGAGGGAGGAGAUGGGAACAGCAUUGGAGCUCCAGGCUUCUCCAGACGAGCCUCUCCCAAGACCACCCUCUGUCCGCGUUCUCCUCUAGGUGGGCUGCAGAUCCGGUAUGACCCAGCAGGGUCGUUGGGGUCAGGUUUGGGGGGGCUAGGGUCAGGUCAGGGAGGUGGAGACACAGCACCCCCGGUGGCCACCUCUAUAGAACAGCUGCUGGAGAGACAGUGGAGUGAUGGACAACAGUUCCUACUGCAGCAGGGAGCACAGGGAGAUGUGUUGGGGAUGUUGAAGUCCCUCCACCAGCUGCAGCAGGAGAACAGGCGUCUAGAGGACCAGAUUAAAACUCUGACCAUGAAGAAAGAGCGACUGCAGCUCCUGUCAGCUCAGCUGUCUGUGCCUUUCACCCCUACUACUGCUGCCCAAGAUGUGAAGAGUGAUUCCUCUCUACCCAUACCUGCUCAGGUAAGGCAGUUGAAGCUCCAGCACAUAGAUAGCGUGUCAUGUGGUCGUAGUAGUGGUGGAUCUACCUCUUCUCUGUCCACCCCCCCCUCCGUCUCUCACAGCCCCCCCCAGCUGCCUCAGCUCAAUGGGGUUGCCAUGGGAACCAUGAUGCUGGGAGGUGGAGCGGGGCCAGGGAUGGGUGGGGUAGUGGGGGUUCUGAACGGAGUCAUACAGACCACCUCCAGCCCUCACACAUACACACAUACCUCUGCACCGGGCACCAGCGCCGCUCUGCCCAUCUCCUGCUCCAUUAACAACAGGUUGGGUACCUUGUCUGAACAGCAGAGGCUCUUACUGCACCAGCACCAACUACAGCAGCUACUGUCUUCACAGCCCUCUGCGGAACAGCAGCAGGUGUUGUUGUACCAGUUGAUGCAGCAACAACAGGACCUCCACCAACUUCAAUCUCUCUCCACCUCCUCCCAGCUUCCCUCCAUCCCUCUCUCUUCCGCUCAGCUGCCCAUCACCUCCCUCCUUUCCUCCUCCCACGUCCACGGCCAGGGCACCAUCACCGCCAACCCCUUCCUGGCACUGCACACACAUUCACACCCCGAUACACACGCCACUGCACAGAAACCCCGGCUGGCUGAAAAGGCUGUGGGCCUCACUGGACAGGAGAAGACCUGACCCACAAAACAGCUCUCUCGCUUUUUCUGUCGCGCAUUCUCUUUUUCUCUCUCUCCUCUAUCCAGCUCUCUCUCUAUCAAUCUCUCUCUCUAUCUCUCAGGGGUCUCCACCAUCAUAUGAACUCUGAUCAGUGCUGUGCUUUCAGCACACAAGCUAGCUCACAUAAACCUACAAUUAUUACAAACUACAAAAAUAUCAGGACACUAACACAGCUGACUGAUGACUCAUAGCUCUGCUGGAGAGAUGAGGUCUGGGAACUAUGACAUUGUACAGUUUUAGGAGAGGGAGGAGUCCUGCACUGGACAUGUAACUGCUGUUACCUCUGUCUGUCUGAGCAUAAGACCUAGCCAGCAUAAGACCACUCUCUAAUGUAAGACUGACUGACCGCUCAGCUAUGGAAGCCUUGCUAUGACUGUCUCUUUCUGCUCUACCUACUUCACACACCAGCCUAUCAGGGCCCACAACCUUCAGCAUCGGCCAAUAGGAAUCCACAACAGUCAGGAAUGGCAAGUCAGGGUCCAUUCCCCAAGUGCCUAAGGCUGAGGGGGCGGGUUACUCAUGCUACUCAACCUGUCAGUCAUCCAUUUUCACCAUAUUAUUGGCUGUCAAGCUGCGUUGACUAGGCAAAAGAUCAAGCAACACAUUCUGAAAAGCUGGAAACCAGGAAAUGUAUUUUGAUGGGUUCACAAAAUACCGAAACCAACUUUAUGAAUUCUGUUUUUAUUUAUUUAGCAUUUCUUUAUGUAAUAAUGGGUGCAGGAUGCUAUAUUUUAAAAGUACCCACUGUUCAAGAAUUUGUUUUAUACUGCUGUUAAGUUUUUCACACAUCUUGCUGUAAACAUUUUUGAUGGGAAAAAAAGUUGUGUAUUGAGAAAGAUUGAACUACUGGCGAAUGGAGGUGGUUUGUGAUGGUGUACAUAGCUGUUAUUGUCAGAAGAGGUGUGGGUUCAAUGCCACAGUUUUGACUUUGUUUGUGUAAAUAAAUAUAUAUUUUUCAUUGGCUGUGGGGUGUAAAUAAGUGAUUGUGAUUGGCCGUGUUGGUGUAAAGGAUAGCCAAUGAAGCCUAAUUUUGUGUGUGUAAAUCUUAGGACCAGACUACAGGCGAUGGUGACUGGACACAAAGUAUUAAUUUAUUUUUAUAUGUGCAGGGACAUUGUUUUGUUUUUAAAAUUUGUUUUGCACCGUCAUUUUAUACUCCACCUCUGGGCACCACGUUUCCAUCUGUGUUCACUUUUGUUUAGAUCAAUUUUGUACAACUGAAAAAUCAUAACCUCAAAUGUUUGUAUUUCCAAACACCAAAAUAAUUCAAUGUUCUGGAUAAAUAAAGAGACCGACUGAUGGUAAAAAGAGGAGGAGUCAGCGUAGCCAGUGGGACAACGUUAUUGGAGUGGGAAGAUGGUUAAAGCUUGAUUAACAGCUCUGUUUAAGUGCUUUUUGUCAACAGCAUUUUUACACUUUGGUUGAAUAAAGAACAGAUCUACCUCCUCUAA